GAUGAAAGAUCAUAUUUUACAUAAUUUUCCAGAUUAUAUUUACUGAAUACAUGAAUUCUGAGUCACAGUGGCAGUUCUUGAAGACGUAGAAGUUGAGUCUUGUUUAGUAGCACAUACGUACAUUAGGCUCUUAUAAAAGGUGAUUCUAAGCCCGGCUCCCCAGAUCCUUGAAUGCUCAGUCAGAAUCAUUUUAGCAGCAUGUUCCUGAAAGAGAAGGCAGGGAUUUACAAAGGAAACUUUGCUAUUUAUUGUUUAACACCGACUGCCAUGGUAAGGGCACUAUUUUCGGGAGGCUGACUUGGUGUCAAAUAACAGAUCUUUCAAUAUGCUGUAUUUGUGAUUUUCAGGUCCACGGAUUUCUGUGUGACUGCAGGGCAAUACUAUUUGGCUUUUGAUACUUCUUUUCAAAAGAUUGGAAGCCUUGAUCAAGCGGAUCCUUGAAACAUGGCCAGCUGACAGUUGGAGGAUAAUUCUCCACCACAUAGAGAACACUGUAAUGAAUUCCUCCAUGAGUCGAGAACUCCGCCCUGCUGCCAGACGGAGUGAGGGACUGGCGCCUGAAGGGUGAUGAGACUCGCCCAUGUCACGGUUGGAAGUAGAGAACCAGAAAUAGAAGCCUUCCUGCUCUUUGCUCUCUAAUCUGCGGGAAUAACAACAUCAUGGGAAUCUUCCCAGCAAGUCCUCUGAGUGAAGUAAUAAUUAAUAGCUGGACCCGCACCUCCUGCAGAUACCCGCCUAAUCACCCAUGGCUGUCUCUGGGUUGUUCUAGAAAGAAACCUGAGGCACACCUGGAUUAAUUAGGAUGAGACUUCAACCCAGUUCAGGUGUGCUGGGCUGUGGGUUCCCGGAGCAUUUUCAGAGGUUCAUUAUGGUGUCUGUCUCUUGACCUCAACUGGGUCUACAGCCAUGAUGGCAGGUGUAUCCGGUAGCAACUGAGUGGAUGCGUGGAGAGCGCGGGCGCCUCGAGACCCGGAAGGAGGAAUCCGUUGAAGUGAGGCAAGUCACAGAGCUUCCUCAGCCCGGCUUCGCUCUGGGGGCUCAGCAGCCGCCUGAACCGCCCGCUCCUGCCUGCUGUUCAGACUGAGCCACUGCUCCUCAAGCAAGCAGCCCGGACUAGAGAGGAAGUGUGCGGAGGAAGGAAGUGGGCAUAGAAGGGUACAGGGCUCUGAGUCUUAAAGUCAAUGUCCUAAUAUCUUUGUCACCAAAACGUUUCUCAGGCGCCUUCAGGGAGUGCUUUCUGUUUCUGUAAUUUGUGACUCCCUGGUUAACUUCUGUAGUGGUUGCUUAUGCCCCCAGAAUCAGAUACAGCGCUUUUAAUCAACGAAGGAUCAGGACGGUUCCCCCCGAGGUCCCUCCCGGUGUCCGGGUUUGGCCAGCCUUUAGGUCAUGCCGGGCAGGCCGGGAGCCUCUGCGCUCAUAGUGGGGCGCGCGCGGAUUGGGUUGAGGACACGCCGCCACGCUUCUAGGACCCAGGCACGGUUGAAAGGCGAAACCCGGACCCCUUCCUGCUCCACUCUUGUAAAGCCCCGGCAGCCCGGAGACGUCCCAAGCUCCUCCGGGGCUAGGAGACCCCAGCCCGGACGCGCGCCCUGCUCAGCCAAGGUCCCCUAGCGCCCCCUACAGCCACGUGCCCGGGGAGACGGAGCCGGGCCCUGCGCCUCCGCACCACGCCCGGAACCCCACCCAGCGGCCCUCAGCCCAGGACCGCAGGAGCACCGCACCUCGCGGCUGCAAACUGGGCGUGCGUCCGGCGGGCGCGCAGCAUCCCCUACUACUUCUGAUCGCUCCGCCCGCCGCGGCCCCACUUCCCCUCCCUUCCUCUGUUGCUCCCUCCCUCCUUCCCUCCCGCCUGCCCGCCAGCCGGCGCCGGACAAGCUAAGCCUCUUCUCUUGGGGCGCUCUUCCCUUUGACCGACCGUCGCAUCCCGAGCAACUCUGGGACGGACGGUGGCCGUUUGGUCUUGAAUGUUCCCCUCCGAGAGCGCAUGGCUGAGCAGUCGAGGCGCGGGCCGGGUACCCGAGGAGCUGCCGUCCUGGAGGCGGUGAUGCUACUGUUGUGCUUGGGAGUCCGGACUGGGCGCCCCUACAACGUGGACACAGAGAACGCGCUACUCUACAAGGGUCCCCCCAACACUCUAUUUGGCUACUCGGUGGUGCUGCACAGCCACGGGGCAAACCGAUGGCUUGUAGUCGGGGCGCCCACGGCCAACUGGCUCGCCAACGCUUCGGUGGUCAAUCCUGGCGCGAUUUACAGAUGCAAGAUCGGAGGGAAUCCAGAGCAGACGUGCGAACAGCUCCAGCUGGGUAGCCCUCUUGGAGACCCCUGUGGAAAGACUUGUUUGGAAGAAAGAGACAAUCAGUGGUUGGGGGUCACGCUUUCCAGACAGCCGGGAGAGAAUGGAUCCAUCGUGACUUGUGGGCAUAGAUGGAAAAAUAUAUUUUACAUGAAGAAUGAAAAUAAGCUCCCCACAGGUGUUUGCUAUGGCAUGCCCUCCAAUUUACGGACAGAAUUGAGUAGAAGAAUAGCUCCGUGCUAUCAAGAUUAUGUAAAAAAAUUUGGAGAAAAUUAUGGAUCAUGUCAAGCUGGGAUAUCUAGUUUUUACACAGAGGAUUUAAUUGUAAUGGGGGCCCCAGGGUCAUCUUACUGGACUGGCUCUCUUUUUGUCUACAAUAUGACUACAAAUAAGUACAAGGCUUUUUUAGACAGAGAAGACCAAGUAAAAAUCGGAAGUUAUUUAGGCUACUCAGUCACAGCCGGUCAUUUUCGCAGUCUGCAUACUACUGAAGUAGUUGGAGGAGCCCCUCAGCAUGAACAGAUUGGUAAAGCGUAUAUAUUCAGCAUCGAUGCAAAAGAGCUAAAUAUCUUACAUGAAAUGAAAGGUAAACAGCUUGGGUCUUAUUUUGGAGCUUCUGUCUGUGCCGUGGACCUCAACGCAGAUGGCUUCUCAGACCUCCUCGUGGGAGCGCCCAUGCAGAGCACCAUCCGGGAGGAAGGGAGAGUGUUCGUGUACAUCAACUCCGGCUCAGGAGCAGUAAUGAAUGAAAUGGAAACAGAGCUCAUUGGAAGUGACAAAUAUGCUGCAAGAUUUGGGGAAUCUAUAGUCAGUCUUGGUGACAUUGAUAAUGAUGGCUUUGAAGAUGUUGCUGUAGGAGCCCCCCAGGAAGACGACUUGCGAGGCGCUAUUUAUAUUUACAAUGGACGAGCAGAAGGGAUCGCACCAGCUUUCUCACAGAGAAUUGAAGGACUUCAGAUCAGCAAAUCACUAAGUAUGUUUGGACAGUCUAUAUCUGGACAAAUUGAUGCAGAUAAUAAUGGAUAUGUUGAUAUAGCAGUUGGUGCUUUUCGGUCAGAUUCUGCUGUGUUGCUAAGGACGAGACCUGUUGUGAUUGUUGAAGCUUCUUUAAACCAUCCUGAGUCAGUAAAUAGAACAAAUUUUGACUGUAUUGAAAACGGAAUGCCUUCUGUGUGCAUGGAUCUAACACUCUGUUUCUCAUAUAAGGGCAAAGAGCUUCCUGAUUAUAUCGUUCUGUUUUAUAACAUGAGUCUGGAUGUGAACCGAAAGGCAGAGACUCCAUCAAGAUUUUACUUUUCUUCCAAUGGUACUUCUGAUGUCAUUACAAGCAGCAUAAAAAUAACAAGCAGAGUGGCAAACUGUAGAACACAUCAAGCAUUCAUGCGGAAAGACGUGCGGGACAUCCUCACCCCAAUUCAGAUUGAAGCUGCUUACCACCUGGGGCAUCAUGUUCUCAGUAAACAAAGUACAGAGGAAUUCCCACCACUUCAGCCAAUUCUUCAGCAGAAGAAAGAAAAGGACAUGAUUGAAAAAACAAUAAACUUUGCAAGAUUUUGUGCCCACGAAAAUUGUUCUGCUGAUUUACAGGUUUCUGCAAAAAUUGGAUUUUUGAAGCCGCAUGAAAACAAAACUUAUCUCGCUGUUGGAAGCAUGAAGACGUUAAUGCUGAACGUGUCCUUGUUUAAUGCCGGAGAUGACGCAUAUGAGACAACUCUGCAUAUCCGACUGCCCACCGGUCUCUACUUCAUUAAGAUUUUAGAUCUGGAAGAGAAACAAAUAAACUGUGAAGUAACAGACAGCUCUGGCAUAGUAAAACUUGACUGCAGGGUGGGUUAUAUAUAUGUAGAUCAUCUAUCAAAGAUAGAUUUCAGCUUUCUCCUGGAUGCCAGCUCACUCAGCAGAGCAGAAGAGGAUCUCAACAUCACAGUGCACGCCGCCUGCGAAAAUGAAGGGGAGGUAGGCAACCUGAGGCGUAACAAAGCGACUCUGACAAUCCCUCUCAAGUAUGAAGUCCUGCUGACUGUUCACGGGUUUGUAAACCCACCUUCGUUUGUGUAUGGACCAAAGGAGGAAGACGAGCCUGAAAUGUGUGUGGCAGAAAAGAUGAACUUCACUUUCCACGUCAUCAACACUGGCCAAAGCAUGGCUCCAAAUGUCAGUGUGGAAAUAAUGAUACCAAAUUCUUUUAUUCCCCGAACGGAUAAGCUGUUCAACAUUUUGGAUGUCCAGACCACUGCUGGAGAGUGCCAUUUUAAGAAUUAUCAAAGAACCUGUGCAUUAGAGCAGCGAAAAGGUACACUGGAGACCCUGAAAGACAUACUCAGAUUUUUGUCAAAGACUGAUAAGAGGCUACUGUACUGCAUAAAAGCUGAUCCACAUUGUUUAAAUUUCUCAUGCAAUUUUGGGAAAAUGGAAAGUGGAAAAGAAGCCAGUGUCCACAUUCAGUUGGAAGGCCGGCCAUCCGUUUUAGAAAUGGAUGAGACCAGAGCACUGAAGUUUGAAAUAAGAGCGACAGCUUUUUCAGAGCCAAAUCCAAGAGUUAUUAAACUAAACAAGGAUGAGAAUGUUGCACAUGUUCUGCUGGAAGGACUGCAUCAUCAAAGACCCAAACGCCAUUUCACUAUAGCGAUUAUUGUAAGCAGCUUGAUACUUGGACUUAUUCUACUUUUAUUGAUUUCGUAUGUUAUGUGGAAGGCUGGCUUCUUUAAAAGACAGUACAAAUCCAUCCUACAAGAAAACAGAAGAGACAGUUGGAGUUACAUUAACAGUAAAAAUGAUAAAGAUGACUGAAGACGUCUUUCAAACUGAGAGAAUUAAUAAGCCUCAGGUUAGAGUAAAGAAAUUAGUAGACAUUGUUUACAAGAAACCAUGAAUUUUGCUCAGACUUCUACAUACAUUUUUUACUCAUGACCUUGUGACAUAUUAUGUCUAAAUGCAAAUGGAAAACCAAGCAAUUAUUCUUGGAGAGAAAAUAACUGCAAAGGUAAGAUUUUAAUACAUCUAAUCGUUCAGCUCUUAAAUGGAAAGACACUAACACAUACAGUUUAUUAAAGAUAAGUAAUCCCUUGAAGAGAUCCUGAAAUGAAAGUGGACCUGCAUUAAAAUCAUGUUGAGGAAGUAAACGACUCCACUGGAGAAAUCUUGAAAUAGGUGUCAUUUACCAUAUAUAUAUGCUUGUUGCUUUGCUAAAGUAAAUUCCGCUGAAUAGGUAAUGCUUCAUUUGUAAUACAUUUUUGAGACUUGUUGGAUUAGGGUCUCUAGAAAUAUUUAGCAGAAUUUUUCAAAGAACUGUUCCCAAAGUUUCUGAUGAAUAGAAGAGGACUGUUAUCAUUUUAAAGCAGAGUUUAAUUUAGCCUUACAGACAUUGAUUUGUAAUUUCCUGUGGGCUUUGCUCAACAACCAUAUUUAUCCAGCUGUUUAUGAACAUUAUGGGCAGUCUUCAGACUGAACUUAUACACUGGUUUGAGCUUAAUGGGGUGAUGUCUGGAUAAUUAUUGUUUAUACAGCUAUGGCUUUUUUUCUUUCUGUAAAUAUAUACAUAAAUUUUUAAAAGAAUAUAUGUUUAUAUAGGUAUAAAUCCACUAGUCCUUCUAUAUUAUCAGGGGAAGGGUACCAAGGAUUAAACUUUAAAAACCCAUCUUUAGUCAAAUUUAUAUUCUAAAACAGCUUAAAUGUUGCACUUUAGUUGCUAUCUGAAAUAUAAAUACACUGAUAUAUGUAAAAUAUGAAAACUGUACCUCACUAAUGAUGUUUAAAAAUCAAAGCUCUGCAAAGAUGAUAUUGAAGGGCCAAUAUGUCAUACAAAUUAGAUCCUGUUUAAAAUACUGUCAAAUUAAGCAAAUGUACAAAUUCUUAUCAGGGUGUAACCCUUUUCUUCUCAAAUGUGUGAUACAUCUUUUUACUAGGUUUAUAAGAGCAUUCUCUUCUGUAUGGCAAUAGAAGCAAAAUUCACAAAUUUAAAUUGGAAAAUACAGAUUUAUCUGGUAUCUGAUAAAUGUUUCACUUAUCACUAAAACAUGGAAAUUCUGUCACAUUUAAGUUUUUUGUUGAUCUUAGAUUUUUUUUUAUGAUGUAGCUGUUUCUUUCUGGAUGUAAAAUAAUUUGUCUUUAAAUGUCUUUUCAUUUGCAAAUAGUCAUUUUUGUAAUAUUUAUUCAUACAUAUGAACUAAAUGCUGAUAACUGCAGGAUAUAAUUUCAUCUGAUUUGUCCCUGUUUGUCUUUGGAAGAUGGUUGUGGUCAAAUUUUCAAAACCUGUUAUAGGAAGUGAUUAAAUAGGUAACUUAGAGGGCAGUCUUUACUACUGUGGUCAAGGAUUUUGUUAGACGAGUUCUCUGCCAACAGCUGUCUUCCCCAGACCACCUAAUCCCGCUAAGUUGUCUAGUCACAAACUGGUGGCUAGAGAAAUGCACAGAAACUUGUGAAGACGUUUGAGCAGCAAACCUCCUGAACUAGGUGUCUACCAAGAGAAAUUAAUUGCAAUUUAAGGGAUGCUUUUUUUUGUUAUGAAAAACAAGUAGUUCUUUCAAGAAAAUGUCGGGGAUCAUUGGUGGAAAAUCAAAUCGAAAUUUAGAAUUGCUUUCAAGAUUAAAUUUGCUUCUUUCCUAUGAGAAAUGACAGUAUUUCAGGUGGUACUGAGUCCACUGAAAACAGUGUGCUAUAAUGGUCAGAUGACAUGACCUCCAGAAGCAAGAGGAACACAGCUCCCUAUUGGGCCGGGUUCUAACCAGUCAGAUGUUUUGCAUAGUUUAUGUGUAUUAUGAAUUUCAAAACCCUGUUUUCAACAUCCAGAGACUAUUCACACAACUGGUACCAAUAACUUAAAAAUAAUCUACCUUUUUUUGUUUUGUUUAUGGCAAGUAGUCUAAUUAAUAGAGACAUUUUGAAAAAAUAGUACUCUCUAUUUCUGGUUAUGUCAUUUCUUAGCUGUGUACUUGUGAAAUUUAGUCUCACCUCAUCAGGAAAUCCAGGACAUUCUCAUGUGAACUCUGGGCUGUACAGCAGGCUACAGGAAAUGUAACACAGAAUUAUUGGACUCAAAUUCAGAAAAACAACCCAAAUUAUUUCACUUUGGAAUUAAUAUACUUAAAAUUUACUUUCCAUUCCAGUAAUACCUUCCAAAAACCAGAAUAAAAUUCUUUUUUGUAUA